AUGCCGGGCUGGAUGACCAGUGCGAAGGCUCCGAUCGCUGCUGUCACGCUGGAAUGUAUUAUUUAUGGGUUUGCGACAUGUACGUUUGCGAUGACGGUGUGGGUUCUGAAAGACCGGAGGAAGCUCCCGGUGAACACGACGAUGCUCAUCAUAGCAGCGGUGCUUUGGCUCAUGUCUACGGUACGUACCUGCACGGACAUCGUGCAGCUAGAAACCGCGUUCGACAACGAUAACCUCCGGACACCCACCGGCCCCUUCGACUAUCUCUUGGACUUCAGCCAUGGCCUGUUUGUGUUCGACCAAUGUCUUUAUUACAUCUCCACCAUUAUCGGAGAUGCCGUUGUGAUCUUCAGAUGUUAUGCCGUUUGGAAGAAGUGGUACAUCAUCGCUUUCCCGUGUCUGACCUGCGUUGGGGCUAUAUGUAGCUUCGCGUGGGUAGAGUGGUGCUUCGCGAAGGGCAUCCCGUACCUCAACUGGAUCCUCAUGGCGUUCGCCUUCACGCUGGCGACGAACCUCAUUGCGACUGUGCUCCUCGCCUAUCGCAUCUGGGCCGUCGGCUCGCAGACAUACCGGAACUUCGACUCGACCUACAGGCGGAACCCACUUCGCCCGAUCCUAUUCGUGAUCAUCGAGUCUGGGAUGAUUUACUCUGUUAUGCUCAUGCUAGCGCUCAUUACCAUCAUCCACGCGCCGAGCGUGGAGUGGGUCGUGAACGGCUUGAUGACCUCCCUGAUCUCGCUCAUCUUCAACAUGGUCUUCGUCAGCAUCGGCAUGACCAAGAACCUCCAGGGCUCUACGGCCGUGCGGAGCUCGAUUCGUACGCCGGUGCCUCUCGGCGCGGUUAUGUACAACAACAGCAACCAUGACUCCAGAUCUGGUUCGCGAACGGAAGGCACCACUGAUACUGGGCCAUCCGUGUACAAAGGGACGGAAUUGAAGCACGUGGACUCGUAUGUGUAG